GUCUUUUUGAGGGGUGAAAUACGGUGGCGGCAAUGUUAUGGACUUUCCGCUGGCUCUCUGCUUUCAUGCCAUCAGCAUAGGACGCUAACGCAGGAGCUACGAUAUAGUCCAGUUAGGCGUCCGUCAGAACAGCUUGGGAGACGUGACCAACAUUUAUUUAUGAAUCUACACGAGAACAGUUAAAAUCACAGAAAUAUGGUGGUUCUCAAAAUUCGAGACCAGCCUCCUUUGCUGAAAGCCAUUUUCAGCGUGGACCCAGAUGACGUCCGCUCACUCAUAUUCAAAAAAGAGGAUGUGAAUGUGCAGGAUAACGAGAAGCGAACUCCACUGCACGCUGCUGCCUAUCUCGGAGAUGCAGAAAUAAUAGAGCUGCUGAUUCUUUCAGGUGCAAGAGUAAAUGCCAAAGAUAACAAGUGGCUAACUCCCCUGCACCGGGCCGUGGCCUCCUGCUGCGAGGAGGCAGUCCAGAUUUUGCUGAAACACUCUGCAGACGUAAAUGCCAGAGACAAGAACUGGCAGACGCCGCUUCACAUCGCUGCAGCCAACAAGGCCGUUCGCUGCGCCGAAGCCCUGGUUCCUCUCCUCAGCAAUGUGAAUGUAUCAGACCGAGCAGGCCGGACUGCUCUGCACCAUGCAGCCUUCAGCGGUCACUUGGAGAUGGUGAGGCUCCUACUCUCCAGAGGCGCAAACAUUAAUGCUUUUGAUAAGAAGGACCGUCGUGCGAUCCACUGGGCAGCAUAUAUGGGACACAUAGAGGUGGUGAAGUUGCUGGCUUCUCAUGGAGCUGAGGUUGCCUGCAAAGAUAAGAAAUCAUACACCCCCUUACAUGCGGCAGCCUCAAGUGGAAUGAUCAGUGUUGUAAAAUACCUUCUGGAUUUAGGGGUGGAUAUUAAUGAGCCUAACACCUUUGGAAACACACCUCUGCACGUGGCCUGCUACAAUGGGCAGGAUGUGGUUGUGAACGAGCUCAUUGAUUGUGGUGCUAAUAUUAACCAAUUGAAUGAGAAGGGUUUCGCACCUCUCCAUUUCACCGCCGCCUCGCGCCAUGGUGCGCUCUGCCUGGAGCUCCUCGUCUGCAAUGGGGCCGAGGUCAACAUAAAGAGCAAAGAUGGGAAGACUCCGCUCCACAUGACGGCGAUCCAUGGGAGGUUUUCUAGAUCUCAAGUAAUCAUUGAAAACGGUGCUGAGAUCGACUGUGAAGAUAAAAAUGGAAAUACACCACUACACAUCGCGGCUCGAUACGGGCACGAGCUCCUCAUUAACACACUCAUCACUAACAAAGCUGACACAGCAAAACGAGGGAUUCAUGGCAUGUUUCCGCUGCAUUUGGCUGCUCUCAGUGGCUUCUCAGACUGCUGCCGAAAGCUCCUGUAUUCAGGCUUUGAUAUUGAUACUCCAGAUGAGUUUGGAAGGACCUGUUUACACGCUGCAGCCGCUGGAGGAAACCUGGAAUGUCUCAAUGUUCUUCUCAACAUCGGAGCUGACUUUAAUAGAAAGGAUAACUUUGGCAGGACCCCUCUCCACUACGCUGCUGCCAACUGCAACUACCAGUGCCUGUUUGCUCUGGUGGGCUCAGGAGCUGGCGUCAACGAUCUGGACGAGCGGGGCUGCAGUCCUCUCCACUACGCCGCUGCCUCUGACACGGAUGGAAAGUGCCUGGAAUAUUUAUUAAGAAAUGAUGCAAAUCCAGGGAUCCGGGACAAUCAGGGCUUCAACGCUGUGCAUUACGCCUCUGCAUACGGACACCGUCUUUGUCUGGAGCUGAUUGCUAGUGAAACACCCUUAGAUGUGCUAAUGGAAACCUCAGGGACAGACAUCCUGAAUGACUCUGAGGUCAGAGCUCCCAUCAGCCCCCUGCACCUUGCUGCAUACCAUGGUCACCAUCAAGCUAUGGAGGUUCUGGUGCAGUCUCUGCUGGAUUUGGAUGUUAGGAACAGCCAGGGACGCACACCCUUAGAUCUGGCUGCCUUUAAAGGCCACGUGGAAUGUGUGGACGUCCUCAUCAACCAGGGAGCCUCCAUCUUGGUCAAAGAUUUUGUCUUAAAGCGAACCCCGAUACAUGCUGCAGCUACUAAUGGUCAUUCAGAAUGUUUGCGUUUGCUGAUUGGAAAUGCUGAUCUUCAAAGUGCUGUGGACAUUCAAGAUGGGAACGGGCAGACCCCACUGAUGCUGUCCGUCCUGAGUGGACACACUGACUGUGUGUAUUCCCUUCUUAACAAGGGAUCCAGCGUAGAAGCCAAAGACAAGUGGGGGAGGACGGCCUUGCAUAGAGGAUCCGUGACCGGUCACGAGGAAUGUGUGGAGGCCUUGCUUCAGCACAGCGCCAACGUCCUGAUGCGAGACUGUAAAGGGCGCACGCCGAUCCACCUGGCAGCAGCUUGCGGACACACUGGGGUACUCGGAGGCCUUUUGCAUGCUGCCCAAUCAGUGGAAACACUGCCUGCCUUAACAGACAGCCAAGGCUACACCCCACUGCACUGGGCCUGCUACAAUGGUCACGAUACAUGUGUGGAAGUUUUGCUCGAACAAGAGAUUUUCCACAAGGCCGAAGGCAAUUCUUUCAGUCCCCUCCACUGUGCUGUAAUCCGUGAUAAUGAAGGUGCUGCUGAAAUGUUGAUAGACACUUUAGGCCCUGCCAUUGUCAACACCAAAGACAGGAAAAACAGGACCCCUCUGCAUGCUGCUGCCUUUACGGACCAUGUGGAGUGUCUACAGCUGCUGCUGAGCCACAACGCCCAGGUCAACUGUGUCGAUGCUGCAGGAAAGACCCCGCUCAUGAUGGCUGCGGAGAACGGUCAGACCAACGCUGUCGAGCUGCUGGUGAGCAGUGCGAAAGCAGAUCUCACUCUACAGGAUGCUGUAAAGAACACUGCACUUCAUUUGGCCUGCAGUAAGGGUCAUGAAACCAGUGGCUUGUUGAUAUUGGAGAAGAUUACCGACAGAAACUUCAUAAAUGCUACAAACGCCGCCUUACAGACACCUCUGCAUGUGGCUGCAAGAAAUGGGCUGAUUGUGGUGGUCCAGGAGCUGCUUGCAAAGGGAGCCAGUGUCCUUGCAGUCGACGAAAACGGUUACACGCCCGCCUUGGCUUGUGCCCCCAACAAAGACGUCGCAGACUGCCUCGCUCUCAUCCUGGCCACCAUGAUGCCCGUGUCCCCCUGCACCCCGGCACCUGCCGUCCCUUUCAGUGCCGUUAACCACUACACCACCAGCCCUUCCAAGAGCGCCACCUUUGACAGCCUGCCCACACUGCGCGCCGAGCACAGCUCCUACUGCAGCUUCAACAACAUCAGCCAUCACGACGGCUUCUACAAAGACGAGGAGCUCAAUGACUCGGAUUCAGAGACAUACUGAAGCGGGCAGGAGAAGACUCGCGCUAAAUGCACAAACAUACACUGUGUCUUAAAAGAAAAGAAAAAAGUCAAUCACCCACUGCAAGCUUGGGAGGGCUUGUGAACAGGAGCCUUAAGAGUCCCCACCAGAGAGCAAAGGAGGGAGGAGGCGCAACAGGCCAGCCCAGGCUCAUCCCAACCUUAUCCAGCACAAGGUGUCCUUUGGCUGAUACUGGAGUUCAGUAACCACUGCUUUACCAACACUGACUUCUCAAGUGUUAAAAGACUGAACUUGUUGGGCCAACGGCAGCAGUUUUAAGGCAAUAACACGCUGAAAAGGUGUGCUUGCACACCACAGAGUUAAACCAACAGGGACCAAAAGAUGGGGAUGAAUUUUAACUCUGUUUUAACUUCGUAAAUGACUAAAAAUGGGAUUUCAGGUGGUUUAUCAAUCAGCAAGGAUAAAGAGAGAAGUUUAUAUCCGUUUAUUUCUGCACACUACAUCCGUCAGAAGGAAUAUCAAGUUUGUAAGUCAUAGGGGGGAUCAUUUAUUUUUCAAAAUUUUAAUAUACCCAUUUAAUGUCUUAAACUACUCGUCCUCUAGGAAUCUGAUUCACUGACCUGAGUAAAUUUAAGACAUUUGGUACAAUGCGACAGGUUAGUAUUCACUUGAUCUACCUUACCUUUGUAUAUUGACCUGUUCAGCCCAGUUUAGAAUUUAAACAAUAAAUUAUUUGUACACUUUUGUUUGCUUUUUGUUUGUUUGUUUUGUGCCUUCAUUAGUUACUGAAAACCUGGGUUUGUAGAGGCAGCUGUGAAGGUGUGCUGUUGGUGGCUAAAACCCCUGAUCUGGCACUGAGGCAUCUGGGACUCUGCUUUACAAUGAGAAACACUGUAAACCAAUGAAAGCAUUUUGAAAAGCAUUUGAUUUUCUUCUGAGUGACUUUUGUUUUCUCUAAUAUUAGUUUUGCUUGUCUCAACUAAAAAUUAAGAAAGACCAGUCACUUAUACCUGAUUGCAGAAACUCAGUUUUGUUUAUCAAAAAAUAUUUUAACUGGAAAUAUGUACAUUUGUUGGAAUCAAUAGGAUGGGAAGGAUUUUCAUUUAUUUUCCUUUUUCUUGAAGAGGAAUGAAACUAACAUGUAAAUAGAAAUUAUAACUGUGAAUUAAAAAUUCCAAUGAGUUCUUUCAGUACUGAGAUUGCUGUAUAUUUUAUGAGUAAUAAAUGAGUUAUUUAAUAAGGA